ACGGCGCGCCGAGCCGAGCCGAGCGGGAGGGCUGAGCGGACGCUGCGGGCUCCGGGCUGCCGGGCCGGGUCAUGGCCCCCCGCUGACGGCGCCCGCUGCGCGGAGGCCCGGGCGACACGUCCCGGCUGAGCGGCGGCCAUGAGUUGGUUCAACGCCUCCCAGCUCUCGAGCUUCGCCAAGCAGGCCCUGUCCCAGGCCCAGAAGUCCAUCGACAGGGUCCUGGACAUCCAGGAGGACGAGCCCGGCGCCUGGGCCGAGAGCGUCCCGUUCGGAGAGCCGGGAUUAAGUCCCUCUGUCACUGGAGGAUGGGACACUUCAACCUGGGGAUUAAAAUCAAGCAGUGAACCUCAAAGUCAACCAGUAGCUUCUCCUAAAGCAAUUACAAAGCCAGUUCGGAGAACUGUGGUAGAUGAAUCUGAGAAUUUCUUUGGUGCCUUUCUUUCUCCAACGGAUAGCCAGCCCAUUCAGAAAAGUCCAGUGGUGUCAAAACCUCCAGCUAAAUCACAACGUCCAGAGGAAGAAGUGAAAAGUACCUUACAGGAAUCUCGGCAUGUAGUAGAAGAAUCAAAAACAACGGAACCAACGGAGUCUAAAGUACAAGACUCUUCAUGUAUAUCAGAGGAACCUCUGGCAGUAGAUGGUCUGUCACCUAAAAAUGAAAAGAACUAUGAAGAAUCUGUUAAUAAAGAAUCCGAAGUGAAAGUGUCACCCACAAGUUUGAAAGUAUCUGAAAGUGUAAUUAAUGUGAAAGUAACUAAGGAAAAUGUAUCUAAUAUAUCUAUGCAAGCUCUCCCCACUGAAACGAAGGACAUGACUUUGGAACCUAAGGAACAGAAACAUGAAGACAGACAAAGCAACACACCUUCUCCUCCUGUUAGUACUUUCUCAUCAGGUACCUCGACCACAAGUGAUAUUGAAGUUUUAGAUCAUGAAAGUGUCAUAAGUGAGAGCUCAGCAAGUUCUAGACAGGAAACUACAGACUCAAAAUCAAGUCUUCACUUGAUGCAGACAUCUUUUCAGCUUCUGUCGGCAUCUGCUUGUCCUGAGUAUAAUCGUUUGGAUGAUUUCCAAAAGCUCACGGAGAGUGGCUGCUCCUCGGAUGCUUUUGAAAGAAUAGACUCGUUUAGUGUACAGUCACUGGACAGCCGCAGUGUGAGCGAAAUCAAUUCAGAUGAUGAGUUGUCAGGCAAGGGAUACGCUUUAGCACCUAUUAUGGUUAAUUCUUCAACUCCAAAGACUAAAAUAGUGGAAUCUGUUGAAGGAAAGUCUGAAGAAGUAAAUGGAACACUAAGUAUACCCACUGAGGAAACAGAAAUGGAAGAAAGUGGACGAAGCGCAACGCCUGUUAACUGUGAACAGCCUGAUAUCUUGGUUUCUUCUACACCAAUCAAUGAAGAAGAAACUGUGAUAGACAAGGGGACUGAGCAGAGUGAAGCUGCUGGCCAUCAACCAGAAGGACUGUCUGAGAAGGAAGAUAUUUGCAAGACUGUUGAAUUUCUGAAUGAGAAGCUUGAUAAAAGGGAAGCUCAGUUACUAUCUCUUAGUAAAGAAAAGGCACUUCUAGAGGAAGCUUAUGAUAAUCUGAAAGAUGAAAUGUUCAGAGUGAAAGAAGAAAGCAGCAGCAUUUCUUCCUUGAAAGAUGAAUUUACUCAAAGAAUUGCAGAAGCAGAAAAGAAAGUUCAACUAGCUUGCAAAGAAAGAGAUGCUGCUAAAAAGGAAGUAAAAAAUAUAAAAGAAGAACUUGCUACUAGAUUAAAUAGUAGUGAAACUGCAGACCUUUUGAAAGAAAAGGAUGAACAGAUCCGAGGGCUAAUGGAAGAAGGAGAAAAGCUUUCCAAACAGCAACUGCAUAAUUCUAACAUCAUUAAGAAACUAAGAGCUAAGGACAAAGAAAAUGAGAAUGUUAUUACAAAGCUGAACAAGAAAGUUAAAGAGCUAGAAGAAGAGUUGCAACAUUUAAAACAGGUUCUUGAUGGCAAAGAAGAAGUUGAGAAACAACAUAGAGAAAAUAUUAAAAAACUAAAUUCCCUGGUAGAACGCCAAGAGAAGGAUCUUGGCCGAAUUCAAGUAGAUAUGGAUGAACUUGAAGAAAAGAACCGAAGUGUUCAGGCUGCUCUUGAUAAUGCUUACAAAGAACUUACUGAUCUCCACAAAGCUAAUGCUGCAAAAGAUAGUGAGGCACAAGAAGCUGCUCUGAGUCGUGAAAUGAAAGCUAAAGAACAACUUUCUGCGGCACUAGAGAAAGCCCAGGAAGAGGCCCGCCAGCAACAGGAAACAUUAGCUCUCCAGGUGGGAGACCUGAGGCUGGCGCUACAGCGUGCAGAACAAACAGCAGCCAGAAAAGAGGAUUAUUUACGCCAUGAGAUCAGUGAACUCCAGCAGAGACUCCAAGAAGCAGAGAAUCGAAACCAAGAACUGAGUCAAAGUGUUUCAUCAACAACAAGACCGUUGCUUCGUCAAAUAGAAAAUUUGCAGGCAACUCUCGGGUCCCAGACAUCAUCGUGGGAGAAGUUAGAGAAGAAUCUUUCUGAUAGGUUGGGUGAAUCCCAGUCCUUGUUGGCAGCAGCCGUGGAAAGAGAACGUGCAGCUACAGAAGAACUCCUUGCCAACAAAGCACAGAUGUCUUCCAUGGAGUCACAGAAUUCUCUCUUAAGACAGGAAAACAGUAGAUUUCAGGCCCAGCUAGAAUCAGAGAAAAAUAGACUAAGAAAAAUGGAGGAUGAAAAUAAUAGGUACCAAGUUGAAUUAGAAAACUUAAAAGAUGAAUACGUAAGAACGCUUGAAGAGACAAGAAAAGAAAAGACACUGUUGAAUAGUCAAUUAGAAAUGGAGAAAAUGAAAGUUGAACAGGAAAGGAAAAAAGCAAUUUUUACUCAAGAAGCUUUGAAAGAAAAGGAACGGAAACCAUUUUCUGUUUCUAGCACUCCUACAAUGUCACGCUCAAGUUCCAUAAGUGGAGUUGAUAUGGCGGGGCUGCAAACAUCUUUCCUCUCUCAGGAUGAGACUCAAGAUCACUCAUUUGGAUCAAUGACUGUAUCAGCAAAUGGAAACAAUCUCUAUGAUGCUGUAAGGAUGGGGGCAGGAUCAAGCAUUAUUGAAAAUCUACAGUCUCAGCUAAAGCUCAGGGAAGGCGAAAUUACUCAUUUGCAGCUGGAAAUAAGCAAUUUAGAAAAAACUCGUUCAAUAAUGGCUGAAGAGCUAGUUAAAUUAACGAACCAAAAUGAUGAACUGGAAGAAAAAGUGAAGGAGAUACCCAAACUUCGAACUCAGCUAAGAGAUUUAGAUCAAAGAUACAACACUAUUCUGCAGAUGUAUGGAGAAAAAGCAGAAGAAGCAGAAGAACUUCGAUUAGAUCUUGAAGAUGUAAAAAAUAUGUAUAAAACUCAAAUAGAUGAACUUUUGAGACAGAGACUCAGCUAAACUUCUGAAAACUACAUUCCCAUCAAACUGAAUGUAAACAGUGAAUAUCUAAAUACAAACUCCCAUUAAAUUCUUUCACAGAAUUAGAAAGUGAAAUUUAUGUAGAAUUCAAAAGCUGACAAAAGUUUAUAGUACAUAAUAUUUGCAGUUAAAUUAUUUUAUGCAAUAUUUGAACUUUAUUUUUGAAGCUUUUCUUUAAAGAUUUAUUUUUUAAAGCAUCUUUUUUUUGCCUUGAAUAGCACAGAUUUAUUACUUGAUCCUCAUCAAUAUGAUUAGGGAAGAAUGGUGUUCAUAUGUGUAUUAUAGAUAUAUAGCUAAACAUAUCUAUAAUUUAUGUGUUUGUAUAUAUUGAGAGCAUUUAAUGAGUGACAUUAACCUAUCAAAGCUUCAAAAUAUUUUACAUCUAAAUAUUCAGCAUAUCUAAUUAUUCAGGAAAAUGGACAUUAAAUGUUCAAGUAAGAUAAUUAAACUUAUGGUUAUAAAUUUUUGAGCUAAUGAUUUUCUUUUAAAAUAAACAUCACACUGAAACUGAUGUUUAUGGGUGAAUAAUAAAAACUUGCACUUUUUUUGUGGCAUGAAAAUUUAUUUCACCCAGAUUUCACAAUGAAAUCUUCAAGUUUUGGGACCUAUCUGGAGAAAGUUAAAAGCUAUUCAGUUAUCUAGAUAUAACUGGUUAGUGGAAAUUUUUAUCAGUGAUUUUGUGGUGAUACCGAUAAUAUUUAAGUGCUUUAUAACAUUCCUAUAAAAAUCAAAAUAAAAUUAUGAGUAAUAUUUUCUCCUUAAAACUAAAUUUUAAGGUUUACGUUUUGUAAGUCAUUAUUUUUAGCACACUAAAUGUGAAUAUCUGGUAUUAUUGACUAUCCAUAACAAAGUUUGGCCUUUUUCAUUUCUGUGUGGUUUAUAAUUUUUUCCUCUAAGCGUAGAAACAUGAGAAUAGUGUGGAAUAGCUUUGAAAAUGGCUAUGCUGCCUUUAUGUAAAAAUAAAAACUCUUAUUUAAGUUUUGUUACAUUUUUAGCGACAAAUUUGGAAUGCUUUUCAGGGCAACUCAAGUGACCUCAUAUUUUUGUUUUUCUGUAUUCCAGAUGAUAUAUGUAAAUCAUUAAUAUUCUUUCUAAGUUUCUAUGUUAUAGGGGCAAAAAAUAGUGUAAUAGCAUUUUGUUGCUUUUUUUUUUUUAAUAUUCACAGGGCUUACAGGGAAUGACAAGCCUGAUAGCAAUAAGAAAUGUACAGAAUUAAAAAAUUAAGUUACAAAACUCUUAACCAGUUGUUUGAAACUAGAAGCUUGGGAAUUGCGAAAUUAUUCUUUUAAAAUAUCCAUAUGUGAUGAAAUAGCCCCUUCAGUUGUAAACAUUGGAAAUAAAAUGUAUAAUUUUCAGUUUCAUAAUGUUAAAAAUCUCUUCUUUAUUCUUACAUUAAUAUAAUUGAGCCAACUUAAAAAUAUUAAGUUGAUUUUCAAUUUGCUUAAUAUAAAAAUGUGAAAUAAGGUACCUAAGGGCCUUACCAUAAUUACCAUAUGUUUUAUUCACAAAUUGAAAACUGAUAUUCACAUAUUAUUUUUAUUGCUAAGGACAAUACUUAGUUUUUGAAAAAGAAAAAAGAAUAAAACCAGUUUUUGAAGUAAAAAAUGUGGCAAAAUA